CAAAAGUUCUAUUUUCCAUCGUGGUGCUAUCGCCAUACCUUAUUUUCCAAAGAGCCAAACUCAAACCCAAACCAAACCCUUGCUCUUUUGUUGAACCCAGAUUCAAUAUCCCAAACCCUCAAUUUUCUGCCCCCUCUUGUCUUUUCUUUCUGUUAAAAGAUUCACCUAUCAAAACCCGUAUAUCGCCAUUUUUGGUUUCUCGGUUGCAAGCUUAAAAAGGGUUUAGAGCAGCGGUGUUUUUGUUGAAUGUCAUUAUCUUGAUGCUUAUGAUUGCGUUUUGGAACUGAAUUCUUUAUCACUUUCGAGAGACUAAAAUGGAAUAAUCUUCAAAUUGCAAAGAAUUCUAUGUGGAGAAGGAACCAAUGAUUUCGAUAGUUUAUCAAUAAUUGGAGGAAAAAACCUGCCAAGAAGCCCCUCAGAUAUUAAUUGCAGACUGUAACAUUAUUGCAGAGAUGAGGUGGUUAUUGUCAAGAUGAUGGUGUUUUGUGUUAAUAUAUAAUGGCCAGUAAAUACCAAAGAGAUGUAAUUGCCAGUGUGGGUUCCAAAUUUAUUGAAAGAGGUGAUGGUGUCCCUAUUCGGGUUGCUCGUAGGGCUAAGAGGUUUGGUUGGAUAAGUCGACAAAGACUUUCAAUUUGGUUGUUCCUAAUUGGAGCUUUAUUCUUCAUAUGCUUCACAAUUUUCAGUGUUAAGGUGCACUUUCAUGGUGAGAAGGAAGAUGCCAUGCCGUCUUUCUUCAACAUGAAAAAAGGAGGCGUUGAAAGCAAUGUUACCAUGAAGGAAGGGAACAUGUCUUAUUUUUCCAAAGUGCCUAAAAUAGGCCUCCGGAGCAGUCUUACCAAAAGAAAGAGGUCCCCAAAACAUUAUCCAUGUGAUGUUGCAUUUGCGAAGUCUGUUGAGUAUAUUUUGGAGCCGAAAGAUUAUUUAAACUUCACAGAUUUUACUCUGGACUAUGUUCAUAAAGAGGAUAAAUCUUUUAUAACAAGCCCAUACAGUCUCAGAUUUGCUGGUCAUCAGACUCUUGAAGAACGGGAAGACUCUUUUUAUGCGAGAAAUCAAACACUGCAUUGCGGAUUUGUAAAAGGAUCUAAUGGGAUGGAAAGUACCGGAUUUGAUUUGGAGGAGAAGGACCAGAUGUAUAUGAAUACAUGUACAGUUGUUGUGUCGUCUUGCAUCUUUGGGAGUUCUGAUUUUUUAAGGCGACCCACAAGUAAAUUGAUCAGUGAAUAUUCAAAGACACAUGUCUGUUUUGUUAUGUUCCUGGAUGAGGAAACAUUGUUGAAAUUGUUUUCAGAAGGUAACAUUCUUGAUGAGAGAGGUUACAUGGGUUUAUGGAGAAUAGUAGUUGUUAAAAAUUUGCCUUAUGAUGACAUGCGGAGAACUGGGAAGGUGCCGAAGCUUCUAGCGCAUCGCUUAUUCCCAUCUUCUAGGUAUUCUAUUUGGCUUGAUAGCAAGAUGCGGCUUAAUGCUGAUCCUUUGUUAAUUCUGGAGCACUUCCUUUGGCAAACAAAAUCAGAGUAUGCCAUCUCAAAGCAUUAUGAUCGUCAAUGUGUGUGGGAGGAAGUGCUUCAAAAUAAACGUCUUAACAAGUAUGACCAUACUGCAAUUGAUGAGCAGUUUAAAUUUUACCAAUCUGACGGGCUAACCAAGUUCAAUGCAUCUGAUCCUCAUAUGCCUCUUCCCAGUUAUGUGCCUGAAGGUUCCUUUAUAAUCAGGGCCCAUACACCUAUGUCAAAUCUCUUUUCAUGCCUCUGGUUUAAUGAAGUUGAUCGUUUUACUUCUCGUGAUCAACUGAGUUUUGCGUAUACUUAUCUGAAAUUGAAGCGAACAAAUCCUGUUAGACCAUUUUUUCUUCAUAUGUUCCAGUUCUCGACCAUCGAAGGAAGAAAUGCACCCUGGAAUUCGCAAUAAUUGGUUGCAACUGCUUGUGAAACAGAGUACAGCUUAGCAAUAAUUGUCUCUUGAGGCAUGGGUGUAUGUGGGUUAGGAUUGUGAGCGCAGAGCAUUGGUAAAGUUAUUUCGGCAUAGGGAUGCAAUGUCUCCUCCAACUUCGCCUUAAUAAAAACAAUGUUAUUUUAACUUUUGUCGCGCAGUUGUUCAUUGCUCGAUGUACCGCCAUAUUCUCAGGUAGACAGAUAUAUCUUGUCUGCUUCAUUAUUUUGAUGUUGUCCUGGUUUCGGCAUAUUCAGCAAUUCCUAGACGAAACAGAUUGGUGCCUCUUGUGGAGAUUUAUUAUGCACAGGUUCAUCCUCUGAGAUGCAAUUGCACCAGUUGAAUGGGUCUGCUCAAGAAACCUCCUAUAGCAUUGGACAUUAUUCAGGUUUAAACCAACAUUUGUAGUUUUCGUUAAUAAGUUGUUUUUUCGGCAAUCUAGGAGAGUAUUUUUUUUUUGAAAAGUUAUUUAAAUUUCUGUGUAUGUACAAGAAAUGAAUAAGUUUAUCACAAAUUCUUGUGAGAGACGGUCUCUUCGAGAGACAAUCUUCAAUUGGGCCGGUUCAUUAUAUAUUUUUUAAAAUAUUGUAAGUAGACAUUUAAGAUAUUAAAAGUAGGUAUUAAGAAUAUGGUAAGUAAGCAUUAAGAAUAAUGUAAGUAUGCAUUAAGAAUAUGGUACGUAGACAUUAAUUUUUAAUGGGUUGGGUUUGAGAUACGUCUCUCAAAGAGACGGUCUCUCAAGAGACUAGCUGUAAGUUUAUAAUAACUGCUAAAGCAGGAAUGUUAUGAUGGUAAAAACUUAAGAUUUGCUGUCCAUAUUUAGUAGUAGGAGCUACUGGACUUUAAAGCGAAUGACCUAUAGUGCAAAUAUAUAUAUAUAUAUAAAAUUGCGAAUGAUGUUCACUAUUAAAGGUUGAUCAUUUAUCAUUCUGUUUUCUACAAGUGUAAAGCUGUGUUAUCUAGUCCUCUCAAGCCCUUUUAGGUGUGAGUUUAUGUGAAGAUGGUCAUUAAAGGACAAUAGCAUAAAUUAGUAAUUGAUUUUAAUUUGACCUGAUUUUAAAAAUGAAUUUACAAUUAUGUAAAAAAUUAAUAUGAACACAAGAUUCGAUUUUGAAAGCUAUACGAAAUAAAUAACUUGAAAUCAAUCUGAUCACUUAAAUGAAUACCUCUAUGUAUAAGUCACGGAGUUAGUGUGUUUGCUAUAUUAAAAAUAUUAAUCAUUAUGACCAGUUUAUUAUAGUUAGCAUGUUAUCAUCGGGUCCAACAAUUUAGGGUAUAAGCAUAAAUUUAGGAGAAGCCAUUAAUUAGAAGAGGGCAACGUGUAAUAAAGCCCUUUCUCAUGUGUUGGGCAAUGGGCAUCUAGUUAGCUUUAUUAAAACAAGGUUCUCAUUCGCUCGGUAGUCCCCAUCAUAGGACCGAGUAUUAAAAUUAAUAUUUAUAUGAUAAAAAAAUUGUAUAUUUAAGGUCUAAGCUUGUGUAGUUAGAAACGAGUUGCUUUUCGUUGCAGGAUUUCCUUUUUCUGAGAAUUUUUUUGUAGAUUUUUUUCGAGCCAAGACUCUUUAAACUCAUAUAUUCUCUUUUAUAGGUAUGGGUUGUCGCCUUCUUUUCUUCGUUAGACCCUGAUCAUAAUUUUCUAUGAAUGAGAUACACUGAGUAUGAGGAUGAUGAUUAAAAAAAAAAAAAAAAGCUAAACAAGUGGGACGGAGAUUUGAAAUUAUCAAACAGUAAUGUUAUUGCAUUAGCUAGGUCGUUGUUUACUUGAAUUUUUCUAAUUUUUUUCAUAGUUUACAUCAUAUUGAACUUAUCUCCUUGCAUCUAUAAUUUAAUUGUGUUUCCGUGAAGGUUUCCUCUAAACCAAUUUAAAAAGCCUCAUUGUUGAAGUCUAUCAUAUACGAAUACUUUAAAUUUAUCGGUAAUAAAUAAUAGAGACAGGUGAUAGAAAUUUAUAUAAUUUUGGUACGAACAACGAUAUGCUCAUUAAUUAUCUCAUCUUCUUCAUAAAAUUCAUUAUAAUUUAUUAUCAUUUGAAAAUGUGGUAGUUGGUGAAAACGGAUAUUUGCGAACAAUUUUUUGUGGAACAAAGUUUUAUCCUAUGAGAAUGAUAUAAUAUAUUUCUUGAAAAUUUAUACUAUAAAUCAUUUGCAUUAAUACCAUUUAAUACUGACAACUAAAUAGGUCGUUAGAAUUAUUUAAUUACAAACAGUUGUUUGUACAAAGCAAAUAAAAGUACUCCUAUAUAUUUAAGAACGGGAGAAUAACUUGGUUCUGAGCAGGAGGAGCUCCUAAUACAUGAUCGCAAGCCUGCGCAAAAUUUUAUCUAACAUGUAUGUUUCUGUCUUUUAUCCUUUAUUUUGCGAAAAUAUUUACAUUUUUUUUAUUGGUGUAUAUAAUAUUUAUCAACUUAAAUUAAUUUAGUUUCUCGAUAGUAUGAUCAAAUAUAAUAGUAUAUAUAAUUUGUUAUAAAAAUGAUCAAAAUUUUGUAAGCUUUUAAUAGAAAUGAUAUAAGAUUUACUUGUGAGUUUAUGAAUUAUAUAAAUAGGUAAUUUAUGUAAUAUGGUUGGUUGACUAAAAUUACAAAUUAUGUCUGAUUCGUAUUAUGUAAGUUUGUGUAAAAAAUUUUCAUAUUAUAAGCAAAAUUAAUGAACCUAUCAAUCAUUCUUUCGAAAAAAAGAAAAAACCUAUUUAACAUGUUUAUUAUUCAGGUUUUGGCUUAUUGUAGUAAAUGUGUUGAGAAUACUCAAAAUUAGGCUUUUCAUUUUUGUAUGCUGCGUAAUUCAAAGAAAUACAUAAUUUUAAAUUUGGUGUUUAAUCCACUACACACUAAUCUUUACCCUUUCUUUGAAAAGGUACGAGUAUAGUGUAUCCACUAUUAUUCUUCGACCUUGACUUUAUGCGAAAAUACUAGAUUGAUGAUUUUAUAAAUUUUUUUAAAAUUGAUUAAGAGUCUAUUAAGAAAGUCAACAACUAAUGUUAUGUACCCUUAACUAGGAGUGCCGCCGCUUAAGGCCCAUCAUCCUAUAAACAUUUUAUAGGAGAAGUCUAAUUCGUCUUUAUUAUUUUUUUCAAAUACUUUUAAAGACAAUAAUCCAUCUUCUAUAAGGAGGAUCAACAUCUAUUAUAUUGCCUAGAGUCCACAUCUUCUAUAACGAGCACUUACCUUACUCAAGCGAGCAUUGUGCUCUGACACUGUUUGUUUGCUGCUUCUUCAUUGCCUUAUUCAAGCAACUUGUCAUGCAUUGUCUCGUUCAAGGCAUGGUCCAACACUCUUAGUGAAGUCUCAUAUGCACACCGAUCACCUCAUGUAGCCACCUAAAUCUCAAUGUACCACAAUUCGACACAUAAUCAUUUUCUUUUUCCAAUGUACAACAUAAAGCAUCUUUUAUCGUUAGAAGUUUUGGUACUUGUUUCAACAGUUGAGUUGAACAGUUGAGUUGAUUGUGUUAGAUUUAUUGCAUAAUGUUAUAAGUUUACAUGUAAUCGCCUUUCUGAAGACUAGUCAGGUGAAAUUGCAACAAAAAUACUCAAAACAAAUAAAAAAAUGGGAGGUUAUCAAAGAGAAGAAGAGAUCAACAGCAUGGUUCUAGAAUCUGUUACAAUUCCUUCCCUUCCAAGCCCUCCUCCUUGCAGCACAAGCUUCUCAACUGUAAACACCGAUCCUCAUCGGCGCUUUCAAAGGAGUUGUUCAAGUAUUGAUCAUUAUAAUGUCUUGAAGAACUUUACUCAAAUUGUUGGUAAAUCUGUCUCAUUUUCCAGUUCUUCCUUUGAUUACUCAAAUCAGAGGCUUGAAAGAAGCCGUUCAAGUGUAAUUGAUUAUGAAGAUGCUGAACAGAACUGUCAAACUCGUGAAUCUGUCUCACUCUCCACAUCUUGUCAACAUAUUGAUCAAUUUAGGGAUACUUCUCAUUCGCGCCUGCGACCACGUAUUCCAGCUCAUGGCCGGAGUAAUAAUCGGUGUCUAAUUCAUUCUGUUCGAAGUGUUCCAAGAAUAAUUGAUCCAGAAUUGAGGAUUGAAAUUGUUCGAACGCGUGAGAAUGAAGAUUUGGGGGAAAAUGCUCAAACUCGUGAAUCGUGUUAAGUGCAAGUUUGGCUAAAGAAAAUAAGAUGUAUAGUUAAUUUUCAGUCAUUUUAUUUUAAUCGUAAGGUUUUUAGUUUACGUCAGAUUUUAUAAACAAAGUGUGGCAAUUUAAAAAUAAUCAAGGAAGACCGUGAAUAACAAAUGUGUAGUAUGUAAGUUAUGUGUGAGCAUAAUAAGCUAAUUUUGUAUCUAUCAAGUUUGUCUCUUAAAAUUUGUUAUAUUUAAAUAAAAAAUCUUUAAAAAACAGAAAUAAUUUUACUAUGCGUGUUAGUUAUUUAAUGGGUUUAACUAAACUCAUAUAAAACCCAAAAAAUAAAACAGUGUAGAAAACAAUAGUUAUAAAUAUCUCUCAAUUUCUUGCAUAUG